AUGCUUCCCUCGAUCAGAACAGCCAAGACGCUCGCGGGAGCCGUUGUGCGUCCCUUGACACUGCGCAGUGUAGCUCGACCUGCAUACAUUGCCAGACUCUCGUCAACGACAGCUCACCCAACAGACGCUACCCAUUACGAUGUCCAGCUGCGUCCCGACGGUCUUCGUGUUCGAAACUUGCAAGGCGAACAUGUGAAGAGAGAGACCUUGCCGCAUUUUUGGCUGAGUGACGCGGUGCAAACUUCGGUCCUAACGUUUGGACGCAGAGAUAACUGUCGCUGUGAGAAAUGCGUCAACCAACAAACGAUGCAACGCAACUUUGAGACUUUUGCAAUCAGCGAAACAAUCCGGCCUGACAAGGUGACGCCUGGAGCUGAAGGCCUCAGCAUCAAGUCCUCUAGACAGCGCCUGUGGGGCGCCGAUAUAGAUAUCGAUCGUCCUGUCGUCAGUUACCAGGAACUCAUGACGCCCAAUAAUGAGUCCGGAAUCGCCAGGUUGACGAAUCUGAUCGUGAGUUUUUGCGUGCAAGUCACGUCACGGCACCAUGUUGACCCCAGACAGCGCGAGAACGGCUUCGUGUUCGUCAGUGGCACGCCGUUUGAUACCCCCGAUGCGACGCAAGAAGCGCUCGAGAAGAUUGCCUUCAUCCGGGAGACUCACUAUGGCGGGUUUUAUGACUUCAUCCCUGACAUGGCCCACGCCGACACAGCCUAUACCAACCUCGCCCUGCCCGCCCACACGGACACGACGUACUUCAGCGACCCAGCUGGCCUUCAAGCCUUCCAUAUGCUGUCUCAUGAGGCACCUCCAGGCGCUCCGGCAGGCGAGCUCGGCGGCAAAUCGCUGUUGGUGGACGGUUUCUACGCCGCCAGCAUUCUUCUCGAAGAGGACCCCCAGGCGUAUGAGAUCUUGUCCAAGGUGAAGUUGCCAUGGCACGCCAGCGGUAACGAGGGCAUCACCAUCGCACCCAACAAGCGGUACCCCGUGCUAGAACUGGACGAGACGACCGGCAAGCUUGCCCGCGUUAGGUGGAACAAUGACGACCGUGGAGUCGUGCCUUUCGGAGAGGGCUACUCGCCGGCGGAAUGGUAUGCUGCGGCACGCAAGUGGGAUGCCAUCCUUCGGAGACCUGCGGUCGAGUACUGGGUGCAGUUGAACCCUGGCCAUUUGCUGAUCUUCGACAACUGGCGGGUCAUGCAUGGAAGAAGCGCGUUUGAGGGUCGGAGACGCAUGUGCGGUGCAUAUAUCAACCGAGAUGACUUCAUCUCGAGGUGGAGAAAUACCAACUUCCCUCGUGAGGAUGUCCUGAGCCAAGUCGUCGGGUAG